AUGGUAGAAGACACCGAAAUGAGGGUCAAAGGAAGCAGAAAAGGCAAGAACACCCAGGUUCGAGUUGACAACAAUGCCACAAAUGAGAACAAGCCGGAGGCCAUCGACAAUGAAGCUGACAAAGACACCGAUUCCAACUCCGACUUCGAUGAUGGUGACAAGCAAUACAACUUUCGCACCCUAGCAAAGCUCCUCGAACCUGUGCCAAAGCUCACAUCACGCAGCUAUUAUAGCUGGAGCACCCACGUGAAAUCUUUCCUCCGAUCUGUGCCUCAUGCGAUGAAGCAUCUCGAAGGAGCAUACAACAAGAAGCACCCGAAAUGGAGCUGCUCCCUCGAUGAUGCUUUAAUCAAUGCUCUGCAUGGAACAAUCAACACUACUGGAGAAUACAAUGUAAAUUACCUUGUUCUAGAUGUGAUCAAAGAGUACCUUACUUUCAACCAAGUAUGGAGAAAGAUUGAAAACAGCCUCAUGAACAAAGCCACCAAGACAUCUCACAGACUUGUGCUCAUCUUGCAGCUCAAUGACAUAAAGAUGUUUUACUUGGAUGCCAGAAAGCUAAUUCAAGAGAUCCAGUCCAUACAGACUGAAAGUAGCCUCCUCGGCAAACCAUUCGCCAAUGAUACAUUGUUCUCGGCUCUGCAGAAAUGCACAAUCUGGCAUUUGGUCUAUAAGGAGAUGGUUGCCACUGUCCAUCAAAUUGAUUUCAACACCCUCGCCACCACACUAAGCAUCUGA